UGUCACUACUCACUCACUCACCCCCAAGUUUCAGGCUUAAUAAAGAAAAUAGCUUCUUCAAUGGCUGACAUUACCAUGGCACAAACGAGUAAGAAUAGCAAUAACCCAGAACAAGAAAAGCAUGCAAAGGUCCCAGUUUUAACGGUGCUCAAGAACAACGCCGUUCUCAAGAAUAUCUUCCUCGUACACGACGGAAACAACGAAGAUCAGACGGUCCUGAUUGGGCGACAUCCUGACUGCAACAUUGUCCUCAUGCACCCCAGCGUGAGCCGCUUCCACCUCAGGAUUCGCUCCAACCCUUCUUCUCAUACUCUUUCUCUCGUUGAUUUGGCUUCUGUGCAUGGUACGUGGGCGCGUGGGGUGAAGCUGGAGCCGGGGGUGAGUGUUGAAUUGAAGGAAGGUGAUACCUUCACUGUAGGGGUUUCUACUAGACUUUAUCGUCUCAGCUGGGUCCCUCUUACUCAAUUGAAUGUCUUUGUGCCCCAUCAACAACAUAAAGAAGAUCAACAAGAAGAGAUAAUCAUGGAUGAUAAUUUGGAAUAUAGUGUGGAACGAGAGAUUCCGGAGGCUGAAGACGUGGUUUCUGUUUGUUGUGAUGAAGAGAGCAAGAGCCAUUCUGAAGAUAAGGAAUUGGGAAUUAUCAAUGGAACUGAAACAUCAUGUUUUCCUUCACACUCCGGUGGUGAAAUUAUACACUGUGACCAUCAAAUUAGUGUUUUAUCACCCCCACAUGUACAAUCACCCCCUUAUGCAAAAUCAGUUGAUGAACUUGAUCACACUGAGAAAAUUGAAGCUUGUCCGAAAGUGGAGAUGCCUGGAGAGCCUAACUUGCUUUGCACAUUGAGAGAGUAUUUGACUCAGAACUUAUGUCUGCCUGUUGUGGAAGCGGUCCAGGGGACCAAAGUGGAGCAAUUUCAAGCCCCACAUGGUACUUUCGAAAAGCAACCACCUUCUUUGGAAAUGCUUUGGUCCAGCCUGUGUACAAAUAUUGAUCCUGCGACUUUUGAUGAAAGGGAUGUUGCUGCAGUGGCUGUAAUAGCUUCAGAAUCUGACAAGGUUGAAGAUAUUUUAACUACUGUACCAAGAACUUUCAAUUCUGAGAACAUGUGCAUGAUAGUUGACAAAGAUCUUCCUGAUUCUGAAUUUCAUCAAAUGGAAGUUGUGGAAGAAUUUUCUGUGGAUUUAGUACCUGAAGGAGAAAAACAAGGUGAAAUUCAUCGGUCCAGCUUGCCUACAAAUAUUGGUCCCUCAUCUUUUGAUGUAAAAGAUACUGCUGCAGUGGCUGCAAUACCUACAGAAUAUGAGUUUGGAAUCACACAUGGCGAUAAUGAGAAGGUUGGAAAUAUGUGUUUGAUGGUUGGCGAAGAUAUUCCUGAUUCUGUAUUUCAUCAAGUGGAAGUUAUUGAAGAAGUUUCUGUUGAUUCAAUACGUGAUGGAGAAAAACAAGAUGAAUGCAAGGAAGAGUACACGUCAAAGUUGCAAGAUCAGAAUGGAAAAUCUUUCGGUGAGGAAGGGUACUAUCGAGAUGAAAUAGUUGAAGAUAAUGGAAACAAACGUAUUAAAAGCGUAGAUCCUGCAUCUUUUAAUGAAAAGAGCUUAGCUGUAGUAACUAUAAUACCCACAGAAUUUGAACUUGGAUGCACACUAGGAGAUAAUGAAAUGAUUGAAGAUGUUCCUGUUUCCAAAUUUCAACCAAUCAAUAUUGUGGAAGAUGCUGUUAUGGAUUCAAUAUCUGAUGGAGGAAUAGAAAAUAAAUGUGGCAAGGAGUCGGAGUCAAAGCUGCAAGCUUCCCUGGAUGCUAAAUCCUGUCAGGAAUCUGGUAACUCAGUGGAUGAAAUAGCUGAAGAUAGUGGAAAAAAUUGUACAAAGAGCAUCUCCUCCACGUCAUUCCAUGUAGAAUCUCCAAAUUCUUCAUUGCUUUCGGAAGUUGUUUCGAACAUUACAGCUGAGAACCAGACACCUCAAUCUCUCACUGCUGUGACAGGACGCUCUGGAGGGGCAUUCCUUGAAAAACACGUGGAAUCAACAGAGAAAAGUUCAACCUUUGGCAGUAUUUGGUCAAGAGGAUGUAAGGCUGCUAGUGCUCCCCAUGUUCGAGCCAGAAAUAGUAGAUUUAUGAACACAUCUAAGGUUGGCACUGAAGUUAAAAAGAGUAAUGUGAAAGAUGCCAUAAAUAAAUCAAUGCCAAAGGAUCUUUUCUCUCUCUUUGAUGUUGAAGAAAAAAAAUUCACUUCAAAUAAGGAAAACCUAAGCUCAAACUCCUAUCACUUGCAGCUCAUGAGAAAGAAAGCUAAGCUAGAGGAAAUUAAAUUUCCCAUGUCACAAAGAUCACCCAAUUUGAGCUGUGCUAAUCCCAAAAUUCAUUCAUCCAAAAGCAUAACCUCUGUUUCAAAUAAAGUGAACUUGACUACAAAAGUAGCUCAAGAAUGGAAGUCACAAAGAAAGCCUCUUAAAUGUCUUGUCAACUCGGUCCAUGAGCAAGAUACGAUGGAAUUAAAAGAGAAAACAGUGGAAAGGGUUCCCUUCAGAUCACUAAAGAACUCUGGAAGCAAUCAUAACUCGGUGACUGUUUCUGCUACAGAAAGUAUGAAUGAUGCCGGUAUUUGUGGGAAGAUGAUCUCUAACAAGUGCACUAAAACUUCUCGGCAUACUAAUAGAGAACAAAAGAGGAGCUGGGACAUGGUUGUAGACACUGCUUCUCUUGUGAACAAUGAGUCAAGAAAAGCUUUGCAGCUUCUACAAGGUCUCAAAGGGACUCGUUUAAUCAUUCCAAAAUCGGUCAUAAGGGAACUGGACUCUAUGAAGCAACAAUUUAGACUUUUGAGAACAACUUCAGAGGCUUCUUUGGCAUUAGAAUGGAUUAAAGAAUGCAUGGAGAAAACAAGAUGGUGGAUUCAUAUCCAAAGCUCGAUGGAAGAGUGCAGUCUGACAGUUCCAACCCUUUCAAACAAAUGUGCUUCACCUGCUGUUGAAGAUCACAUCCUAGAAUGUGCUCUUCAGUGUAGAAAAAAGGAGAAUGUCGGACAACUUGUCCUACUUAGUCAUGAUGUUACAUUGAAAACAAAAUCCAUGGCAAAGGGGUUGCUGUGCGAGACAGUGCAACAAUUUCGCCAGAGUUUAGUAAACCCCUUCUCCGAGAGGUUCAUGUGGCCCAAGAGCUCUCCUCGAGGACUGACUUGGUGUUGCCAAGAUGAUUUAGUUUUAAGGGAGAAAUAUUGUGGAUUGCCAUCAAAGGCUGGUUUGAAGAUCAUCACUGAGCAGUUUUUACACUUUCAUUGAUUAAACUUUUUACUAUUAUAAUCUCAUUUCCACAUUUCAAACCUACUCUAGCUAUCUGGACAACCAUUGACGUAAUCUCAAGGUAAUUCUAUUAGUUUUAUUUUCAAGUUCUGGGAGGGAAAACUGUCCUUUUCUUUUGGACUUGUUUAUU